AGACAUACUCUUCUUACGUUAGAAUUCCGUAGUUCCUAACAUCCUAUCACGUCAGAACACAGAAGUCACUUUCACCCUCACCGCGAAAUUCAAAUCCAGUAGUCGAAGAAGGAACAAACUCAAAACCUAGAUCGAUUCAUGCAUCGUUUCUAAAGCCAUUGCCGGAAAACAGUGAGAGCUUUAAGACAUUAAGAUGCAGCGUAUGCCAGCUACCAUUGAGGAACAACAUCUUCUAAAGUCAAUCAAGGAACAAUGCCCUUGGGAGAAUCUUCCAAAACGACUUCAGGCAACUAUAUCUUCUAAAGAAGAAUGGCACCGAAGGGUAAUUGACCAUUGUAUAAAAAAGCGGCUCCAAUGGAACACUUGCUUUGCUCGAAAAGUUUGCAAAGAAGGCGAAUAUUAUGAAGAGAUGAUGCGCUAUCUGCGGAAGAAUCUAGCGCUGUUCCCAUAUCACCUGGCAGAGUACAUUUGUCGAGUAAUGAGAGUAUCACCUUUCAGAUACUACUGUGAUAUGAUCUUUGAGGUCAUGAAAAAUGAGCAACCCUAUGACAGCAUCCCGAAUUUUAGUGCUGCAGAUGCCUUGAGACUUACUGGAAUAGGAAGAAAUGAAUUUAUUGAUAUCAUGAACAAGUGCAGAUCUAAGAAAAUCAUGUGGAAACUGAACAAGUCAAUUGCAAAAGAACUACUGCCAAUGCAACCUGUGGACUUUUCCAUUGAACCCUGGUGGGGAGUUUGCCUCGUUAACUUCACAUUGGAAGAAUUCAAGAAACUCACUGAAGAAGAGAUGGCAAUGAUAGACAAAGUCUGCAAGGAGGAAGCAAAUUCAUUUAUUCUUUUUGAUCCUGACAUUGUACGGGGCCUUCAUCGACGAGGAUUGAUCUACUUUGAUGUUCCUGUUUAUUCUGAUGACCGUUUUAAAGUUUCCAGGCUGGAAGGGUUUGUUUCCAACAGGGAGCAGUCCUAUGAAGAUCCCAUUGAAGAGUUGCUCUAUGCUGUGUUUGUCGUUUCAAGUGAGAAUGCAACUGUAGCCGAAUUGGCUGCAACACUACAGGCUGACCUUUCUCAGUUGCAGGCUGCUGCAUCUUUUGCAUGUCGACUGGGCUGGGCAGUUAAAGUAAUUGAUCCUGCAUCUAUUCUUCAAGAUUCGAACACUACAACUCCUAAUAUUAUUCUGAGUGAUGAAGAAGAUGGUUCUCGUGGUAGUAUCAGCUCAGCGAACAUGCCUGAUGAUGGAAAUUCUGUUCGACAAGAUGUUUCAGGGGCAGAAAACUAUGGGCUAGUUUCUGGUCAUGCUCGUGUUGCUUUUAUUGUUGAUGCCAAUAUAACAUCGUAUCUCAUGAUGGGUUCUGUUUCACCUGGUUUGAAAUCUCAUGCUGUAACACUCUACGAAGCAGGGAAACUGGGCAAUGCUAGCAUUGCUGAACUCUGCAAGGAUCUGACUACAUUAGAGGGAACAAAAUUUGAAGGUGAAUUGCAGGAAUUUGCAAAUCAUGCAUUUAGUCUUCGAUGUGUUCUGGAAUGUCUUCAAUCAGGUGGAGUAAGUACUGAUUCUGUGGUUGAGGAAUUUAGUGCAGUAAGUACUGAUUCAGUGGCUGAGGAAGUUAGGGCUAAACUGGGAAUGGAAUCUUCAAGCAAUGAUGAGGCUAUUUCUCUUAUAGCUGAUAUUAAUAUAACCGAGGAAUCCAGCAACUCUGGUGGGAUUGAAACUGGGGCAGAUGAUGAUGAGCAUCUUCAGGAUUCAAUACCUUGUAAUAUGUCUGUGGCUGAUGCUAUAGUUGAAUCUGUUAGUGGAAAUACAGGUGAUGAAUCAGUUUCGGCUGUUUUAUCUGAAAAUAAGAGUGGCUGGAAUGAAGAUUGGGAACCAGAACCUAAAUUCCAGACUGAUGGGAAAUCUGCGUUGGCUGACUCUCUGGAAUCUGAAAAAGAAAUUCCAAAGAGGAAAAGAAACUAUCGUGUCGAUAUUCUUCGCUGCGAAAGCUUGGCAUCUCUUGCACCUGCAACGUUAGACCGGUUGUUUCUUCGUGACUAUAAUAUUGUUGUAUCUAUGGUUCCUCUUCCUUCUUCAUCAGUUUUACCUGGACCUACAGGUCCUAUUCACUUCGGUCCACCCUCCUAUUCAUCUAUGACACCUUGGAUGAAAUUGACACUUUAUUCAGCUGUGGGUGGUGGACCUCUAUCUGUUGUAUUGAUGAAAGGGCAGUGUUUGCGAUUGCUUCCUGCACCAUUGUCUGGUUGUGAGAAGGCACUGAUAUGGUCUUGGGAUGGCUCUACAAUUGGAGGUUUAGGAGGCAAGUUUGAAGGGAACUUGGUCAAGGGGAAUAUACUUCUGCAUUGUUUAAACUCACUCCUAAAAUACUCAGCUGUGCUGGUCCAGCCCCUGAGCAAGUAUGAUCUUGAUGAAUCUGGAAGGAUCAUUACUAUGGAUAUUCCAUUGCCCCUGAAAAAUGCUGAUGGUUCAAGUGCUCAUAUAGGGAAGGAGAUGGGACUAUCUGCCGAAGACAGUGGAAAGUUGAAUUCACUGGUUACAGAUUUAUCAAAUAAGAUGGAAUUAUGGACAACAGGUUACAUUCGCCUCUUAAAACUUUACAAAGAGAGAGAAUCGGAUGAAUUUUCACCUGAUGAUAAAAAAUAUGAAUGGGUUCCAUUAAGUGUGGAAUUUGGUAUUCCUCUUUACAGUCCAAAAUUAUGCAGCACCAUCUGUAAAAGGGUGGUCUUGUCACAAUUACUUCAAACAGAUUCACUUUCUGAGCAUCAUAAUGCUAUGCAAAGUUUAAGAAGAAGGUUGCAAGAUGUUUGUGUGGAGUAUCAAGCAACUGGUCCUACUGCAAAACUUCUAUACCAGAGACAACAAUCAAGAGGAACAUCUCGGCAACUAGUUACCUAUGCAAGUGGUAGAUGGAAUCCACUUGUGGAUCCUUCUUCUCCUAUUUCUGGAGCCUCAAGUGAAUAUCAGAGACUAAAACUUGCUAGCCGGCAGCGUUGCAAGACGGAAGUUAUGAGUUUUGAUGGUAACAUCCUCAGGUCUUAUGCUCUUGCUCCUGUAUAUGAGGCUGCUACAGGGCCCAUUGAAGAUUCACCACCAUUGAACACAGUAAAAGUGGAGCUAGAUGAUGUUGACAGCAGACAAGUAGCACUGCCAGGGGUUAAUCUCCUUUUUGAUGGAUUUGAAUUGCUUCCAUUUGACAUAUGUGCUUGCCUUCAGGCUCAUCAAUCAGUCUCUUUAAUAGCAGAGGCUUUGGCAGCCUCUGCAUCUGUGCAGACAAGUAGGGUCACAUGAUGCAAUGUUCUAUUUGAGCAGCAGAUUAUAUGGAUGUGUAAGUGGAGAGGUGGGCCUAAUGCUGACACAUGGCAACCAUCAUCAGGCUGGUCUAAUUUCCAUGAUCUGCUUGCUUGGAUCUCGUGGUGCAUCUCUGACCAUUGGUUGUAGAGGCAAGCUAUGUUUAAUGGUUAAGGCAGCAUUGCGGGUUCCAUUCUUUGUCAUGUUGUAAGUAAUCCAGGUUAGUAUGUAGUCCCCCUCUCCCCCCACACCACCCCCCCAACCCAAAAAAAAAAAAAAGCGAAAAGAAAGAAAGAAAGAAAGAAGAAGAAGAUAACCAGAGAAAAAGAAAAGGAGGAAUAAAUUGAAAAGAAGUUUUUAGCAGAUAAAAUUCCAAUUGAGUUGUUGUAACUGAGUGUUCAGGUCAUUGCUACUUACCUGGAAGCUUGAUUUUCAAAUUUUGUACACAGUAGUUUGGGUGUAAAUUGGGCAAACAAAAAGUCUGCCACUUCUGUAGUGUUCCACAUAUAUUGAGUUGAUAUUUCAUGAGCUGCACAAAGUCAGCUCUCAUUUGACAAAGAAGAACAACCAAGUCAAUUUUGAAGUCUUAACCUGUAUCUCAAUCUAUCCAUAUAGAAAAGGAACAAUGGAGGCUUGCAAUUUAGAUUUCGGCUUCAUUUUAAUUGAAUUCCUAUGGGCAGUGCUCCCUUUGAGAGCUAUUUGUCUCUGGAAACAGAAUCAUGUAACUUAUACUUCUUUGUUCCCCACCCCCCUUUUUAAUUGGUUGAUUACUCCGAUAUAUACUGCUGUUAAGUUGGGUUGUGGCCCUGGCCAGUGUUUUUUUAACAGCAGCUAUAUACAGGUCAUAUGACAGUAUCUAUAUGUUAUAUAUCAAGGGAAAAACUUAAUUCAACACCAUUAAUGACAUUUAUAUCACUGUGAGGCUCA